AACAAAUUUAAAGGACGACAAAAGAGAGAAAGAGAAGUGAAAAAUGCAGAAGCAGAGCAAACUCCCCAAAACAGAACAGGAAUAUUCACACAACACCAGCUCUUUGGCCUUGAACUAGAAUUUGAACUAAAAGAAAUUGUGUCAAGUAAUGAAAUUUCCGAUAUUUCUCAAAGACUGCAACUUAGUGAACCCCAAGUUAGACCUUCGUUUUAACACAGACGAGCAAAAUGGAGGAGAAAAGGAAUGCUACGCAGACCUGAUGCUCACUGCAAAAGGAAACUUUACGCUUAAAAAGCUUGUUAACUGGAUUUAUAGCCAUUGA